AUGCUCUCGCCAGAAACCGCGCAACAGGACAAAAAUGACACAAAGCGUAGUCGUGUGCCGGUGGAAGCGGGCAGGAUUGUGAAAAGCCCGCAGAACAAGAAGUCUAGUGUGGUGGAGGAAAGUCUUCCGUCUAGCCUCGAGGAAAGGAAACUAGAUGAGGGAUGGGGGUCAGAGCAGAGACGAGAAGUAGUGGUCAAAGAGGUAGAAAAG